AUGAAGAUGUUUCUGUCUCUUCUGUUGGUUGCCAUCACUUGCGUGGAGUUCGCGCAAACCUUGAGAUGUUACACUUGCCAUGAACCUACCGCUGUUGAAAAGUGCAUGACGAUCCAGAAAUGUACGAAGAAUGAAACCAUGUGCAAGACAACCAUGUAUUCCCUGGAGGAAGUUUAUCCCUUCACAGGAGUCUCAACUGUCACCAAGAUGUGCUCUUCCAUCUGCAUCCCAUCCGACGUGGACGGGAUUGGCAUGACGCGCCCCGUCUCCUGCUGUUACUCUGACUUGUGCAACUUUGAUGAUGGUGCAGCUAGUUUGAGGAUCAGCUUUGUGCCAGUUGGGAUGCUAGCAAGUUCCCUUUGUGUCCUCUUCUGGACUAGACUGUGA